AUGGCGCUCUCCAAUGACCCCGAGAAAGACAAUUUCCAUGCACCAGAUCCAACAGCGAAUACCUCCUGGAAUAGAAACUCGACUGAAGAGGAGUUAGAGAAGGAUGGGCACACCACCGCGUCGUCACCGAUACACACCUCACAUUCAAAUACUUCCCACGAUACCACCAACAGCGAUCCAUUAUCACCCCUUGAACACGCCUUAACCCCGGACCUCGAAACAGACGCAGAACAUGUCGCACGCCCAGCAUUAACCUAUACCAAGUCUGGCGCUUCACUCGCAACCACAGGAUCCAGGAUACCAUCCUUUGAGGUCGACUUUGGGGCCGAUGAUCUCGAUGACCCAAAGAAUUGGCCGAUGUGGUAUAAAGGUCUUACAAUUGGCGCUGUCAGCUACUCGACUUGGACCGUCGUCCUGUAUUCGACCAGUUAUACAACUUCUAUGCCGGGAAUGAUGAAGGAUUUCAAUGUUUCGAGUGAACCAGUGGCUACACUGGGAGUGACGAUGUAUUUGGUUGGUUUGGCAGUAGGAAGUCUGAUCUUGGCGCCAUUGAGUGAGAUAUAUGGGAGAAGACCUGUCUACAUUGGGAGCUUGUGUUGCUUCUCUCUGAUGGUUCUUCCCUGUGCGCUGGCCAAAUCGCUUCCUGAAGUGCUUAUAUUCCGGUUUCUUGGAGCGUUGGCGGGAUCGGCGAUGAUUGCAAACGCACCAGGAACCGUCAACGAUAUCGUCGACGAGCAGUAUCGAGCGCUUGCAUUCAGCAUCUGGAGCAUCGGUCCGAUGAACGGGCCCGUGACAGGACCACUGAUUGGUGGAUUUGCUGCAGAGUAUUUAGGGUGGAGGUGGACAAACUGGCUGGUGCUGAUCUUCUCUUCCGUUGGAUGGAUCAUGUGCUCUCUGGUCAAGGAAACUUAUGCUCCGGCGCUGUUGCAAAGAAAAGCAUCAAAAAUAAGGAAAGAAACAGGAGACGAUAGAUGGUGGUCUCGAUACGACCAGCGAUUGAGCAUCCUCCAGAUUCUUAAAGUCAACCUUUCCAGACCGUUCAUUUUAGCAUUCACCGAACCAAUCCUGUGGUUUUGGAACGCGUAUAUCUCAUUGAUAUAUGGCAUCCUGUACCUCUGUUUCGUAGCCUACCCAUUAAUCUACACCGGAUUGCGUCACUGGUCCCUCGGUAUUGCUGGUCUAGCCUUCACUGGCAUUGGAGUGGGGACCAUGAUUGCGAUUGUCACAGAGCCAAUCGCUCGAAGGGUGGUUAAUUCGCACAAGAAAGACCCCGAAACAGGUCGCGUACCGCCCGAAGCCUCCAUCUCGAUUGUUUGCCUUGCAGCAUUCUUGUGCCCAAUAGGCCAAUUAUGGUUUUCGUGGACUUCGGUACCCAUUACAAUCCAUUGGAUAUGGCCUAUUCUAGCUGGUAUUCCAUUCGGCGCCGGCAAUGCCCUCGUCUUCAUCUACGCCUCAAACUACCUGGCUGGCUCCUAUGGAAUUUAUGCGGCGUCAGCACUCGCAGGAAACAGUGUGUUUCGAUCAUUCAUUGGAGGCACCUUGCCAUUGGCCGGACCUGCCAUGUACGCUAAAUUAACACCUCAGUGGGCGGGGACGCUCCUUGGUCUCGUUCAAGUCGCAUGUAUACCAAUACCUUUCGUGUUCUACAAGUGGGGAGAGAAGAUUCGAGCGAAGAGUCCAUUGAUCAAGCAUAUGAGAGCUGAUCAACAGAGAAGAGAAGAGAAGGCUGCUGCUGCACUGAGGAGACAAAAGAGAAAGGACGAGGAAAGAGGAGAAAAGACGGUGGUGGUUAAGGAGAAACCGGGAGGGGAUCCAGAAAAGGAAGCGAUGAGGAGAAUUGUUACUUCAGAAAAGGAGUGA